CAGUGCACUGGACUGUACAGAGCAGGGUACCAUCCAGGCUGUUGUCUGUGAGGGGUGGGGUCCGGCUACACUGAUACCACCAAACAUAAGCUCACAGAGAGGCAGAAAAGGGGAGAAAAAAAGAGAGAGAAGAGGGGGGAAGAUUGCACCUGAAGAGGAAUAUAAUACGGGAUGAAAGGAGACACCCCAGUGAACAGCACCAUGAGUGUCGGCCAAGCCAGGAAACUGGUGGAGCAGCUGAAGAUAGAGGCUAGUUUCUGCAGGAUAAAGGUAUCAAAGGCAGCGUCUGACCUGAUGGCGUACUGCGACGCACACGCCUGUGACGACCCCCUGAUCACCCCCGUGCCCACCUCAGAGAACCCCUUCAGGGAGAAGAAAUUCUUCUGCGCUCUGCUUUGAG